AUGGAGCGACCUCACGAAAGUCAUCAUAUUAUAGAAAUAGCUGGGAGUGUCGAGCCUUCAGCUUCUACAUCUUCCUCGUCUCGUGUAGACGAGUCGCAUCGUGAAGAAAGAAUAAGUGGAGCGCGGUUGCCUGUUGGUCAGCCUUCAGUUUCUACCUCGGGUGUAUCGAAUAGUAGGAGUUCUUCGUUAGUAAGAAGGGGGGAGGCUCGUCGGAGUAGGAGUCCUGUGCAUUCUGGGUUAUGGAUAUCUAUUGAAUUGGUUCUAUUAGUGAGCCAGAUUGUUGCGUCUGUUGUUGUUUUGUCGUUGUCGAGGAAUGAGCAUCCGCGGACCCCGUUGUUUCAGUGGAUAGUGGGGUAUGCUUCUGGAUGUGUUGCUACGCUGCCUCUUCUUUAUUGGCGGUAUUAUAAUCAUAAUCAUAUGCGAGAACAGGAGUCAGCUCAGACACGUCAAACAUCUCCUCGGGUUAGUGAUCCUUCUGGGACAUUUCUUUCGAUUGCUAGAAGUAAUGGAGGAGAUGAUGGUCAGGCAGCUGCUGCAUCUGCCAGAAGCAAUCAAACUUCACUAUUGAUGAAUAGAAGAAUGAAGAUACUUGUGGAAUACUUCAAAAUAUCCUUAGAUUGCUUUUUUGCUGUGUGGUUUGUUGUUGGAAACGUAUGGAUCUUUGGGGGACGAUCUUCUGUUGAUGAAGCUCCUAACUUGUAUAGGUUAUGUAUAGUGUUUCUUGCAUUUAGCUGUAUCGGUUAUGCUAUGCCUUUCAUUCUCUGUUCAACCAUAUGCUGCUGUCUCCCGUGUAUAAUUUCCAUUCUUGGUGUUAGAGAGGAUCUGUCACAAAACAGAGGAGCAACUUCUGAAUCCAUCAAUGCGCUGCCAGUUUACAAGUUCAAGAUGAAGAAACAUAAAAGAAGUGGUGAAAACUCUGGUAAUGUAGAAGGUGGAGUUGUGGCUGCAGGAACUGCAAAAGAGCGUGUGAUCUCUGGUGAAGAUGCGGUUUGCUGCAUCUGCCUUGCAAAGUAUGAAAAUAACGACGAGCUUAGAGAACUGCCUUGUUCUCAUCUUUUCCACAAAGACUGUGUUGAUAAGUGGUUGAAGAUAAAUGCAUUGUGCCCUCUUUGCAAGAGUGAGGUUGGUGAAGACCCAACAGGAUUAGGGUCUGGAGAAGAUGCCACCCAAACAACAGGAUGA